AAGGGAGAGAUUAGGGGAGGUCUGCUCAGCCGUGGGGCACAGAAGUCAAGAUCUCUGAAGACCUCCACCAUGGCCUGGUCCCCUGUACUCCUCACCCUCCUCAUUCAGUGCACAGGAUCCUGGGCUGUGCUGACUCAGCCUCCCUCUGUGUCUGGGGCCCUAGGUGAGAGUGUCACCAUCUCCUGCACUGGAAUCCCCACCAGCAUAGAUUAUGAUGAAGAGGAAUACACAUAUGAUGUGAACUGGUACCAACAGCUCCAAGGAAAGGUACCCAUUCUACUAAUCUAUGGAGAUAAUAACAGAAAUCCUGGAGUCCCUGAUCGAUUCUCUGGUUCCAAGUCAGGCAGCUCAGCCUCCCUGACCAUCAGUGGCCUUCAGGCUGAAGAUGAGGCUGAUUAUUACUGCCAGUCCACUGACAGUAGCUUCAGUGCUCACACAGUGCAUGGGGCCUUUGGAGGGGGAGCUCCAGCAGCUGCUGAGGCUAAGCCUGUGGUUUCUGCUUCUGAUGUUCCUGCUGCUGCCAUCAUGGGGCCAGGUGCAUGUUCCCUGGCCCAGCCUGUGCUGACCCAGUUACCCUCUUCCUCUGCAUGUCUGGGAACAACAGUCAGACUCACCUGCACCCUGAGCAGCGGCCUCAGUGUUGGCAACUAUUACAUAAAUUGGUACCAACAGAAGCCAGGGAGCCCUCCCCAGUAUCUCCUGUACUAUUAUUCAGACCCACAUACAGAGUUGGAACCUGGGGGUCCCCAGCUGCUUCUCUGGAUCCAAAGAUGCCUCAGCCAAUGCAGGGCUUCUGCUCAUCUCUGGGCUGCAGCCUGA